AUGGUAUGCUCUGCUUGUUUGUUAUUUAUACCUCUAUCAGUGAAAUUUCUUUUUCUUUUACAGAAAAAAGCAACUGGACAUGACCUUUUUGAACAAGUUGUCUAUUAUCUGGACUUGGUUGAAAAAGAAUAUUUUGGAUUACAGUUUACUGAUGCACAUAAUGUCAAUCAUUGGGUUGAUCCUACCAAACCACUUAAGAAACAGGUUAAAAUUGGACCUCCGUACACCUUUCGUUUUAAGCAUGUCUUUCUCCAUCUUAUUCACCUUUUCUUUGAACCAUUUUUCUUCAUUUUUCUCUAUCUUUCUCACUCUCUAUCUUUCUCACUCUCUAUCUUUCUCACUCUCUAUCUUUCUCACUCUCUAUCUUUCUCACUCUCUAUCUUUCUCACUCUCUAUCUUUCUCACUCUCUAUCUUUCUCACUCUCUAUCUUUCUCACUCUCUAUCUUUCUCACUCUCUAUCUUUCUCCUCUCUCUUUCUCCUCUCUCUUCUUUCUCCUCUCUAUCUUUCUCCUCUCUAUCUUUCUCCUCUCUAUCUUUCUCUCUCUAUCUUUCUCACUCUCUAUCUUUCUCACUCUCUAUCUUUCUCCUCUCUAUCUUUCUCCUUCUAUCUUUCUCCUCUCUAUCUUUCUCCUCUCUAUCUUUCUCCUCUCUAUCUUUCUCCUCUCUAUCUUUCUCCUCUCUAUCUUUCUCCUCUCUAUCUUUCUCCUCUCUAUCUUUCUCCUCUCUAUCUUUCUCCUCUCUAUCUUUCUCACUCUCUAUCUUUCUCCUCUCUAUCUUUCUCCUCUAUCUUUCUCCUCUCUAUCUUUCUCCUCUCUAUCUUUCUCACUCUCUAUCUUUCUCCUCUCUAUCUUUCUCCUCUCUAUCUUCUCUCUCUAUCUUUCCUCUCUAUCUUUCUCACUCUCUAUCUUUCUCACUCUCUAUCUUUCUCACUCUCUAUCUUUCUUUCUCUCACUCUCUAUCUUUCUCACUCUCUAUCUUUCUCUCUCUAUCUUUCUCUCUCUCUUUCUCACUCUCUACUUUCUCCUCUAUCUUUUCUCUAUCUUUCUCCUCUCUAUCUUUCUCACUCUCUAUCUUUCUCACUCUCUAUCUUUCUCACUCUCUAUCUUUCUCACUCUCUUGUCCUCCAUUCCUUCACCAUUCUUCUUUCACUCGCUUUUCUUUUCAUUUUACUCUAG